UUCCAUGGUAACCGUUGCAGACGCUAUUGCGAGUUGAGCGUGUUCAACUAGAACGUUGCAGAUUAUAGCAUAAUAAUUAAGAACGUUUCACGUAUUAAUGCUAAUGAGUGUUCUCUGGCCUGCCAAAGUAUUUCAUUACGUAAAGCAGAAUGGUGUAUGUGGCUGACAGCAUUGUCCCAGCAAGAUUUCUCACACUUACUGGUCAUUUGACAAUUACACUUUUAAUUUUCUGGGCCAAGGAUGAAAGCAUUAAAGUAUGUCUGCCCCCUGACCAUACACCAGAAGAUUAUGAAUACAAAAAUAAAGAGUUGACUGUAGGUCUCAGUAUUGCCCUAGGUUUGAUAGGGUUCGAGUUCCUUGGCUUUCUGUUUGGAAUAACCAUGUUCAUGCCAAUGGUGGCUAUGAUUUCUAUUUCCUGUCAUGCCAGUGCUUGUGUGCUGCUGGCCUAUUUCAUAUUUGACGAAUGGGACUGCAGAAACUACUGGUGGGUAUUUGGAACAUGCAGUGCAGUUCCUGCACUUACUGAAGCCACUGUGAUAUUUACCAUGCUAGCUUUCAGGAAACUGUGAGCUCUUGCGACAGACACAUGAAACAAUUUGAAUGGUUCUGUAAUAAUCCUAAUACAAGAAUCUAUGUUUACUGUUUGUACUUUUUAAAAGAAAUUGAAAUUCAAUUCCACCCAAUCUCCAUGAAUGCUUUAAAAAUUAUCAGUAAGAUUGUUGUCUUGGUGACAGUAAUUUUUAAUUCAAACUAAAACAAGCCCAUAAUUACUGAUAAAGGCUACAUCCAUUGCUUAUAUAAUAAAUGUGCUGUGUGAUCACAGAUAUGUUGUCAUGGGAGUAAAUUUU